AACAGCUGCUACUUUUUGUUCUGUCCCUCGUAAUCUCGUAAGGCAAGGUCAAGUUUACUCUCACAAGAUACCACUUUCCUCCAUCAUUGUUGCAGGAUUAUGUAUUUGUUUAAUCCACGACUAUUGCUGACACAAAAAAUUACAUUGGCAUGAAGGUGAGUUUACACAUGCAUAGUUUUAGUGGCGCCAGUCGUCGUGUCAGUUUAUUUGCAUGUAAAGGUUUACACUGUAGUACAAAAACAGAAAUAUCUGGCAAGCCAGUUUCAUUUUCAUAAUAUAGUGCGCAAUAUGUCGGCUGAACUUCGCGAAGCCUGCAAAAUAGUCGCUAAGCUUUUAGUGAAAAAGAAAAUAAAAGAAAUACACGAAAAGGUCGUAUGUGGGUUAAACCAUGGAUCAGUCGUCGAGAUACUUUGGGUGCGUCUGCAAAACUUCUAGCAGAACUGUUAGUAGAAGAUCCAACGAGCUACAAAAAUCAUCUAAGAAUUACAAAACAAAAUUUUGAUACUCUCCUUGAUUGUGUGAUGCCACGUAUACGUAUUUUAAAAAUAGAUGCCCACAUGAGAGAUGCAUUAACACCAAAAUUAAAAAUGGAAGUAACAUUAAGAUAUCUUGCAACAGGAGAUUCUUUCACUUCAUUGCAAUAUUUAUAUCGUGUCCCAAAAAGCAAAAUAUCAAAGUUUAUCCCUGAAGUUUGUGAAGCCAUUUAUGAUUCGUUAAAAAAAUGUAUUAAGGUGCCAUCCUCUGAAAAAGAAUGGAAAAAAGUUAUUCAAGGAUUUUCAGCACGGUGGAAUUUACCAAAUUGUGCUGGUGCUUUGGACGGAAAGCGAAGCGAAGUCCUUUCCAUUCAGGAAGUAUGUGGGAUAAUUAUGCUGUAUAUGUGGAAGACUUAGUGAAAAGCUAUGGCAGUAAAGAAAUAUUGAAGAAGUUGUGCAUGAAAGUGGAGAGAGGCAUAAUCUAUGGAUUGUUGGGCGCUAGUGGUUGCGGCAAGACCACUUUGUUGAGCUGCAUAGUGGGCAGGAAGCGAUUCAAUUCUGGAGAAAUAUGGGUGUUAGGAGGAAAACCAGGAGAACCGGGCAGCGGUAUUCCCGGACCAAGGGUUGGAUAUAUGCCACAGGAUAUAGCUCUGGUGGGUGAGUUCACCAUAAAAGAUGCAGUGUACUACUUUGGUAGAAUAUUUGGACUAGAGGAAAGUUACAUUUCCCAAAGGUAUCAGACGCUGCAUACUCUAUUAGAACUACCUCCAGAUGACAGAUUCCUGAAGAACUGUAGUGGCGGUCAGCAGAGACGAGUGUCUUUAGCAGCGGCUCUUGUCCACCAACCAGAAUUGCUCAUCAUGGAUGAACCAACUGUCGGUGUUGAUCCCGUACUUAGAGACAGAAUAUGGGAACAUUUAGUUGAAAUAACCAGAAAAGAGAAUACAUCUGUGAUAAUAACUACUCAUUAUAUAGAGGAAUGUAGGCAAGCUAAUAAAAUUGGUUUGAUGCGUGAGGGUCGGUUACUAGCAGAAGAAUCCCCAGGUCGACUACUGCAGAUCUUUGACACAGAUACGCUAGAGGAGGUAUUUCUUAUACUGAGCAAAAGGCAGGAGGAAGGCCGUCUGGAUGACAUUUCUUCCUACCCAGUUGCCGAUGACCAGAACAAUUGCAUGGUGGAGAUGAUGCCCUAUACAGGCUCAACAGUCUCUGUUACAUCCACUGUGGCUACGAUGGAAAUUGGGCAUGGAUCACAAGAUAUAUUGACGACAAAGGACAAACGCAGGAUGCCAAGAAAACGGCUGGAUGGGAACAGAGUUAAGGCACUGAUGGACAAGAACUGGAAGCAGUUCUACAGGAACGUGACGGGGAUUAUUUUCCUAUUGACGUUCCCUAUAAUUCAGAUAUCAGUGUUUGUGAAGGCUGUUGGUGACGACGUGAAGUCCAUACCUUUAGCGAUUGUGAACGAUGAAACGAUGGCCACAUCAUGCCCCAACUUCGAUUUCAAAGGAACUGCUGUGCCCUACGAUGAUGGCUGCCAUUUUAGUAAUAUAAGUUGUCGAUUCCUCACAUAUUUAGAUCAUCCUAUGAUACACAAGGUGAAGUACGACGACGUGGAGUCAGGAAAGCAAGGCGUCAUGCGAGGCCAUGUGGCCGGUGUGCUUUAUAUGUCCAACAAUUUCACCGCUUACGCUGAGAAACGUGUUGAUAAAGGCAAGGACAUAGAAGAGGAAGAUCUAGAACUCAGCGAGAUUAAAGUUUGGAUGGAUAUGUCAAAUCGUCAGAUCGGUCAAGCGAUAAAGUACAAACUGAUCGAUUUAUACCGUCAUUUCCAAGAGGACAUUUUCAGCGAUUGCAAAUUUCUACCUGGUUUUGCCAAGUAUCCUGUCAACGUCGAUUUCUACUAUGGCCACGAGGAUGAUACAUUCACCAUAUAUAUGUUGCCAGGAAGUCUCAUAACGAUAAUGUUCUUCAUGGGUGCCAUGAUGACGUCGCAAACCAUAAUAACGGACCGUCAUGACGGUGUUUGGGACCGCAGCACAGUAGCUGGCGUCACUUCACUAGAGAUAACGUUGACGCACUUCUUACUCCAGGCUGCUGUCACAUUGGUGCAAGUUUCGUUAGUUAUAAUCACGGCAUUCGCUGUAUUCCAGAUGGAAUACAAUGGACAGAUGUGGCUCAUCUUCCUCAUCGUCUUCAUGCAGGGUAUAUGUGGGAUGUCAUAUGGCUUCUGGGUAUCCGUGAUCGCCUCUGAUCAUUCCAUGGCGAACACGAUACUGACUGGAAUUUUCCUGCCAAUGAUGUUGCUUUGCGGUCUGAUGUGGCCGACGGAAGCAAUGCCAAUAGGUUUGCGCUACUUUGCACGGUCACUGCCUUUCACAAUCAGCAUCGAGGCGCUCCGCAACGUAUCGAAGAAGGGUUGGCUUAUUACCAAUCCCGGCGUCUACAAUGGCAUGUGCGUCAGCCUUUUUUGGACACUGCUGUUUGGUCUUGUCUCUGUCUACCUUAUCAAAACGAAACGUUAAGUAAUCUUAUCGUCAUUAACACUUUGGGUGGAGAGCAACAAGAGGAUUCAAAACUGAAUUUUGUUCUAAUACUGAACCUGUAUAGUUCUAAUUCAUUCGUAUACGGAACCAAUUCCACUGCGAAUUUCAUAUAUUUUCAUCAACAAAGUAACUCAUUUUUAAAUUCUCUUGGGUGUUCGCCGCCCUUACAAAUACAUAUGAUAAUGCAUUUGUCUCUGAGGAGCCACCAUGAUUAAAUUCAGUGUGGAAAGGCAUUUGUCAUUAACAUGUUUUUUAUUUGACUGCUGAUUUUUCAACAUUCUUAGAACUUUUUUUCUCAAAACUGUAUGCUUAUAUAUUUACAUUCAUUUUCAUUAAAAUAAUGUAAAUAUUAAUGUAAUAAUAAUAAGUUGGUACCAUAUUAGAGAUCUAGAAUUAUUCAAUUUUGACUGCCCUGCUUUAUUUCAGAGAGGUAGUUAUUGAAAUAAAAUAUUUUUAGAUUAAACAUGAUCGACUAUGUAACUCAAGCGAUCAGAAAAGUAUACUUACAGUGCUAUAACCGCAAGAUUUUCCAUUUUAUUCCAAGGAAUUCGCCAACAGUCUAAAAAUUUGUAAAUAAAUGUAUAACUAAUGUUAAGUUCUUUCACAUGUUUUGUAAUUUAAUAAAGACUUGAAAUUAGUUACAUCUA